GUUUCUUACACGCAUACGAAUACUGACAUUUUUCUCACGUAUUUGUAUUGUUACUAUUUUCAAUGUAACUCUUUGCCUGUGAUGUGCCACUCCUAAACCAGAUAGAUAGAUACACACACAGAGGCGCGCAUACGAACAUAUAUAAUAACGAUUAAGGUUGAAUAGCUCACAUAACUUGAAGACAUGAACCAGAAUCCUUGAUAGCAAGUUUCCAUUGAUUGAAUAUUCUAGUGAAAUCUCUCUCCUUGUUAACCACAAAUUACACCAAGGAAAGAAAUGCAGGUGUGAAUGUAUGAAAUGUAAUAUAGGAGACAAUUAUGGAUCACACGACCCCUACAAAAGCGUUACAAAUGCCAGGCUUCACAAUCUCUGGUGAAUUCAUAUGGUGACCUCACAUCUUUAACUCUGCUCUAAACUUCAUCUCGAAGACUAUUUUUUCGAGGUCAGGAAAUAUUUCAAAUCUAGUCAGUUGCUGAAACCUAUAAAUUGCAGAAUUAUGGAGAACGAGACUUUAAAUGAGUUUGCUGGAAAUAACACACCAGAAAUUAGAGCCCGGAUUAAUACAGACGCAGACAAGAAAGACCUGCGUUAUGGUUUCGGACGCUUUCGGCCGCAGUGGAUGCAAGUGUUCAAUCGACCUAAGAUCGUCCUUAUGAUUCUGUGUUAUAUUGCUUUCAUUCAAGGUUUUAUCGUUAAUGGAGCAAUCAAUGCAAACUUGAGCACAAUAGAAAAACGGUUUGAAUUUUCCAGUAAAAUGUCAAGUUGGAUUCCCAGUGUUUAUGAUAUCACAGGAGCACCAGUUGCUUUAUUUGUUUGCUUCAAAGGAGCAAUGAGCUACAAACUACGUUGGCUUGGAUGUGGUUUCAUUGUCUUCAGUUUGGGUUCUUUCAUCAUGGCAAUGCCACAUGUUUUUAGUCACAGUUACGAAUGGGAUAAAAGCCUGUAUAUUCAUUGCUCACGUUUGGAAGAUACCAGUGACAAAUGCGGUGCCAGUGAUGACGCCAACCCUUAUCACAUAUUCCUUGGAGUUUUUCUUUUAGGGCAGGUGUUUCAUAGUGUAGGUGGAAGUAUUCUCUUUUCACUUGGAAUAACUAUAUUAGAUGACAUUGCUACACCCAUGACAACGCCAUUACAUAUUGGUAUACUGAUGGUUUUUGCAACCUUGGGUCCUGCAUUAGGAUAUAUAGUCGGUGCUCAGUUUCUUGAUAUUUUUGUUGAUCCUUCAAAACAAAAUGAGAUGACUUUUGAGUCUACAGAUCCUCGUUGGAUUGGAGCUUGGUGGAUCUGUUUCUUCAUAUCAGGAUCUAUGUCAAUAUUCAUUGGACCAGUUCUGUUUGGUUAUGCACGGGAACUUCCAGCGACUGAAAGUAUUCAAAGGAACCGAGAAUCUCAAGUUCAUAACGGAGUUGAUAAAUUAUCAGAAAAAUAUUCUGCUUCUCCUAUAACAUUAAAAGUUGUGCCUCUGAUUGUGUGGAAUCUGUUUAAGAAUCCAGGAUUUGUAUUCGUCACAUUGGCUGUAACAUGUGAAGGGAUUAUUGUGGCUGGAUUAACAGCAUAUUUUCCAAAGUUUCUUGAAAAUCAAUUUGAAGAAACAGCUGCAUCUGCAUCUCUCAUUCCAGGUGUUGUUGCCAUCCCUGCAGCCGCCGGAGGACAGAUUUUUGGCGGUUAUGUAUGCAAAAGGUUUAGUCUAAGAGUACCUGAACAGUGUCUGCUCUCCCUUGUUUCUUUGUCACUUGGAUUUUUAACCUACGGUGUAUUCUGGGCGAAAUGUGAGGACGUUCCAUUUGCAGGAAUCACUCAGCGGUAUCAUGAUUUUUCAAUCUUAAAUAUAACAACGACAGAACAUACAUACGUAUGUGUGUAUGUAUGUAUUAAUGUAUGUUUAAAUUAUUUAAUUCUUUUCCAGACACAUUUCAAUUGUUCAUGCGUUGCGAACUCAACGACUCAUACAGCUUCCGAUGGAAAGUGUCCCACAGAGAAAUGCAAUUUUUAUUAUAUGGUCAUAGCAAUAUUAUUUGUGGCAACAUUCUUCACGUUUGCAGCACAAACGCCAAUGGUUUCUGUAAUUCUCAGAUGCACUCCAGACAGUCAUCGGUCCCAUGCCAUUGGAAUAUCUGCUUUCAUUGCACGUUUACUAGGUACAUUCCAAGGUCCACUACUGUUUGGAUUCGCCAUUGACAAAGCUUGUAGAGUGUGGAAAAGAUCCUGUUCCAAGAAUGGAUCUUCUUGUUGGAUUUACCAAAAAGAAUUAUUAUCUCGCAAUUUCUUUUUAUUAACAAUCUUUGUACGUGCAUUAUCCAUUCUGUUUCUUGUAAUUGCCAAAUGGCUUUAUAAACCACCUCCAUCAACAACUAGAUCAAACGCCAGCCAAGAAUAUCCGUUGAAUGACAACUACGUUAGCGAAAACUUCACAACUCUUUGAGUAUUUGAUCAAACUUUCGAAAACUGAGUUAACUAAAACUAAAACGGCCAUUCAGAAGCGCCACACGAGACAGAUAUGUAAUUUUGUGCCUUGUACUGUUCUGUAAUAUAUUCCUAUUCAUUGAAAAUAAUAAACUUUAAAUUUGCUAAUA